GAACAUUCCGUGGAACAUGGAACAUAAACAAAUAUCCUCUCGUGUGAACGCAAAUGGAACAAAAAUUCAAGGAACAUUUGAGGAACUUUUGUACCGUCCCGCCAACCCAGAACAAAUAAAUGUUCCGGAACAUUUAUUUGGUUUUGUAUAAAAAAUGGUGCCUAUUUUCAACUAUUUUUAAAAUAAGCGUAUGCAUAUAAGCUAAAUGGUUCAAUAAAAAUGCAUUGCAAGAUGCAAAUUUGUUGGGAAAGUAACUCAAACUAUUUUUUUUACAAAGUUGUUGUCAUCUUAACCAGAGUUUUUAGUCCUUGAUCUCUGCAUUGUCCUAGGUUGUCCUUGGUCAUAUAUCAAGACAAGAUUAUCGAUUUACUAUUUGCCUUUCAACAUGUUGCCUUGAAACUUUUAGUUUUUGCCUUCCAUCUUUUUUAUUGAAUUCAAAACAUUUCUUCGAAUAUAGUUUCAUAUCUUUAUUCAUUGAGUAAAAAUUUGUGGUAAUUUCAUGCAACCAAGGAAAUUCCGAUCCCACUCGUGUGGGAUCAAUUAUGAGUAGACCAGAUGGUAGGCAAUUAUUUAAAAACAAUUAUUUGACCAUCACAAAUUUCAAGUUAUUUUUAACGAUAUUUAAAAUUUGUAUAAAUAGAAUAGAAAUUUAAUUAUUAGUGUAUUAUUAAUUUAAAAAGAAGUUAUAUAUGUGUGUUUAAAAACUUAAUCUUAAAAUAUAACAUUACAAAGACAGUAUUAUUCUUAUAAAGAUCAGUUUUAAUUUAAAUUAACAAGAAGUAUAAUUCAAGUAGGUAAAACUUUAAUUUUACACAAUGUCUCAGCAUUCAGAAAAAGAGUGUAUUGACGCUAGCACAAAUAUUGGUCUUUGCACAUCUUCUUUAAAUAAAUUUGUAUGGAAUAUGGCUAACACAAGAGUAUUAUUAAAUUUAUGGAAAGAUAAUUACAAAGCAUUAACGUCUGCAAGAAGAAACACAAAUAUUUACAAACAAAUGGCAGCUGAAUUUUCAAACACAUUUAAUAUCGUACCUCCGUUAACUGGAUAUCAAAUUCAAUCUAAAAUUAGUAAUUUGAGGAAGCAAUUUAGACGAGAAAAACUUCAAGUUGGUUCAUCGGGAGGAACUCCUAGUAAAUGGUGGCCUUACGAUAUUGUUGCCAAAAUAAUAGGUGGUGAAGCUUCUCUUGACAAUGACCUUUUAUCUCAAAGUCAAAACUUUUCUACUCAAGAUUUUCAAGAUGGUCAGAUUGCCACAAUGGAAGAUGGCAAGGAGGCUGUCAGUAUUUUAAAUAUUGAAGCUUUGGAUGAUACAAGUGAUGUGCAAUCAAUUGUCACUAUUCCUGAUGAGGAACUAUCUCAAUCUACAUCCAGCUGGAAUAAACGAAGGAACUCUGAUGAUAAAAAAACUUUGAAUAAAAUAGCAAAAACUGAACCGGUGAGAAAAAAUAAAAAAACAAAUUUUUCUUCUGAAUAUUUAAAAAUAGCAAAUAAAAAUCUAGAUGUUCAAAUCCGUUCACAAGAGCUACGAAUCAGAGAGGUUGUUGCUUUAGAGCGUAUUUGCGAUGCAAUUGAAAAUGCAUCUAAAGCCCAAGUAGAUGUGUCAAAAGCCCAAGUAGAGUAUUAUAAAUUUUUAAUAAAAAAAUAAGGUGUUCUAUUAGUCAAGAUAUCUUUUUAGUAAUUAUGUUAAAGUUGAAAGGUCAGUAUUUUUUCAACAGUAUACCUUAUUUACAAUUCUAUGCAAUAUAUAUUUCAUAAGGUUUUUCAAUGUUUUAACUAAAGAGAUGGUUAGUGAAAUAUUGUACAAGCUUGUAGAUGAAGCUCUAUUUAUAUAUAUUUUUUCAUGUUACCAUAUUACUAUUAUCAAAGGAAUUUUUACUUUAUGUAAAAUGUAAAAUAAAAAUAUUUUGUGAUUUCAAGCAUUAAAAUGCAUAUCUGGUGGUAUUUUUUAAAUUUGUCAUGUUAUUUUAUAAAUGCCUUUUUUUGUAUCUCUAUGCUAUAUAUAUUUAGUAUUUUUACCAAAUAAUUUUUUUUUGCGAUAUGAAACAAGCCUGUAGAUGAAUUAUAGUGAUAUGUUUUUUGCCAACGUGUUUUGUUUUUAAUUUAUACAAAUUGCAUUACAUGUUUCAUUUUUGUUUUUGUUAACAGAUCAUGCUGUAUCAAUUCUAACAAAAUGGUUUUAAAAAUGUGUUUUAAUUUUCCUUGAAUUGUAAUAUAAUAAGUAUUAUAUUUAUUUAAUAUAUUUAUAUAGUUUUAAUAGCUUUUAGGGAGACAUCUGUAAAGGAAAAAGCUAUUGGAAAAACAUGGAAAGCGUUUUAGCCGUACUUCGAUUAAGAAG